AUGAAAAUUAUAUUGCUCGUCCUGUUGGGUUCCAGCUUUAUUUUAACCAAUAACGCCCGGCUGAUUGAAAAAAUAACCGAUCGAACAUUGACGACCGAAACGAAAACGACAGGAUCUUCUCCGCCGGUACGACUCACGAGGGAUGUGUUUGAUGAAGACACGCUUAUUGGAUUCUCUAAGGAAGAGAACUUGCAGAGCGAUGAAUACACGCGAAACUACAACAGAAGAGCGAGGCACUUCUUCAAAGCCAAGCCAAAGACAGAAGCACCACCAACUGCCAUCCGAGUACCGAGAGAAUCCCACGAAAAGAUAGAAAAAGUAACAAAAAAUACUACCACCUCAUUACAUCCUACUCAAGUGAAACCAAAAAAUACUCUCGUGAAGAAACCCAUACCAAAAUACAACGAAAUGGAUUACGAUGAUGACUUCCAAAUGAAGGUAAGCCGAUCGCCGGUGCGUGUAAUAGACUCCGGAGAGCACGAAGAUGAGGAUUUUAACCUCGACGAUUAUGAUUUUGAUGUAAAUCAUGACGAAUUCAUUGGCAGAGGGAAGCCGCUGGAACCAAGGACCAAGUUGAAGGAAACUAAUGAACAUCCUCAUCACCCAUCUGCGAAGCACGAAAGUAAACCUGUACCAGCACCUCAUGAAGUCAAAACGCCAACUAACAACAAAGUUCAUGCGCCUGCAUCACAUCGGCCUGCUUCAAACAAAAAGGAACGAGCAGCCGAUAUCUCACCCAAGAAUGUGGUCGAAAAAGAUGAUUACUACGAUGAUACCAGUUCUACAAAAGCACCUGAGAAAGAGAAGGCGCGUGAUUUGGACGACGAAUUUAAUGAAGACAAUGAAGAAAGCAAAGAGUUCGAUGGCAAAUCUGCAAGAAUGAUCAGAUCACCAUGGAAAGUUAAUGCUUAUGUUGACAAAUUGGGAGAAAAAACGUCUUCAGUAAUGAGCAAAGUACUCACCAUUUUGCCUAUGUUCCCUCAGAUGCCAAACAAAAAUUCUGGUGAAGCAAUUCGUCUAGCGAUGAACUCUUAG